AUGGCAGCCAGCAAGGCUGUUCGGGUCGGUCUUCGCGUGCCGCCGCUCGUCAUCGCCUUGCGCGUGGAGUGGGUGAGCCGCGUGAUGAGCGACCGCGAGGCGCUGCAGCGCCUUUCCGGUGGCGAGAACUGCUUGCUCGGCAUGGUGACGGGCGUGAUGGCCAAGUCGUGCAAUUACCCCUUCCUCGUCUGGAAAAACACGCAGCAGCAAGGGCUGCCGAUCUCGACGACCUGGACGACGGCGAAGGGCUCGUUCAGCCCGCUGCAGGUGUACCGCGGCCUGCCGAUGGCGUGCAUGAACCUGGGCGGCACCAACGCCGUCCAGUUUGGCGCGACCGGCUUCUUCCAGAAGCUCCUCGCGGGCUCGGGCAUGGGCCAGGACGGGGUGCAGGUGGGCGGCGCCUUCCUGGGCGGGCUCGCGUCGGGGAUCCCGUGCAGCAUCUGGGAGCUGUGCAUGAUCCAGCAGCAGCGCUUCGGCGGCAGCACGCUCGGCACUCCCGCGAGGAUCGUGCAAGAGUACGGCGCCUCCUCGCUCUCGCGCGGCGCGACGAUGACGAUGGGGCGCGAGGCGAUGUUUACCAUGUCGAUGCUGGGCGUGACGCCGCUGAUCCAGCAGAAGCUCGUCGAGUCCUCCGGCUGGGAGCGCAACACGGCGCUCGCCGCCGGCUCGCUGAGCGGCGCGCUGCUCGCCGGCGUCAUCACUCACCCGAUGGACACGAUCAAGUCGUGCAUGCAGGGUGACUUGGGGCGCGCCAAGUACGACGGGAUCGUGCAGACGGGGAAGGCCAUCGCGGCCGAGCACGGCGUGGUGCAGGGUCUCUUCAAGGGGCUGUUUUACCGCAUCGCCCUCAUCUCCACCACAUUCUUCCUCGUCAACACCUUCAAGCAGCGCACGGUGCCGCUGCUCUUCCCGCACGCGCUGAAGGAGGCCGACAAGGCGCGGUAG